GUUUGGAUGACAGACUACUGUACAGAAUAGGUUUCCCUUUUAAUAAGCCGAUAGAAUUUUUCUGUUGUCUUAUUCACUGUUCUCUUGUGAGAAAGAUCAGCAUGCUGCCUCAUACAGUCGGUGCUAUCAGGUGACCAUGAAACAAAAUAUUUACCGCUUGUGAUUAAAACCUGUUCGAAAACUUGUGUUGUAUUCCAUACCCCGUUUCACUAUGGCUUCAUCUCUUCGCCACAUCGCUACUGAACCUGGCAAUUUAAAUCAAAAAAUGAGCACAUCAGCAUCUGAAAAAGGUUUAAAUGAAUUACAGAUAUGUGAUCGCCGAAAAAGUCCUAGCCGCACAUCUGAUUCGGAAAUCAGUGUUGGCACUAACAGUCUUUCACAUAGUUCUCACCAGUCUGAACCUGGAUAUCAAGGCAAGCCUGCCUUAACACUACCAUUAGAAUCCACUGAUGAUCAUCUACCAACUGAAGCUAUAAACGAUGAAACGAAAGUUCCUGCAGCAACACAGAAAGUCCACAGAGGCAGUGAAUGGGAAAUCUUAGAGGGCUUACGAGAUGGAAAAAAGUGUGAAGUUAAACCUGGAAAAUUUGAAGGUUAUCUCAUGAAAAGGCGAAAGUGGCCUCUUAAGGGUUGGCAUAAACGUUAUUUUUUGUUGGACAAAGGAAUUUUAACAUAUGCAAAAUCACCAACUGAGAUGGCACGUGGUAAAAUUCAUGGUUCUGUUGAUGUUGGCUUAUCAGUUAUUUCUACUAAAAGCCAACGAAGGCGUAUUGACAUAGAUGCUGAAGAACAUAUUUAUCAUUUGAAGGUUAAAACACAGGCUCAAUAUCAAGAUUGGGUUUCUCAGUUACGGCAUCAUCGAUUAUAUCGGCAACAUGAAAUUUCAUUUGGAACCCGAGAAGCUCCAAAAAUUACUACUCCAGUUGAAGAAAUGCCUGUUGGAAGUAUUCCAUUCCCGAUAUCAUGUACCCCACCUGUGAAUAGCAUUCAAGAUGGCUCUGGUUGGCAAAGUUCAAGGCAUAAUUUAAUUCGUAGCCCAAUAUCGCAGCAAAGCAGGGUUGCUGCAUGGAUUCUAGAUUCUUCUGCCAUAGAUCAAGGAAAUAAAGAUCUGUCAAGUUUGCAAGACAAGAUAUAUCAGUUGGAAACAAUUUUACAACAGCUGGAAAUGAAUGCAAAUACAUCCAUCGAUAGUCAUUUAGAGUUACCAGAAAAAGGCCCCGUUGUUAAAAAGGAAAGAAAGCGGUUCCAACUUAAGAAGAAGAGCAAAAAUCAAAAAACAUCUAGUUCCAACAAUCAAAGUGUUGCAGUUAAAGGAAAUAAAUCAAAUAAACAAAAUGUUGCUAUAAUAGUAUCAAAAGAUGCAUCUGCCACAUCUUUCAACAGUACAGAAAAUAUUCCAGCUCUUUCAGAGAAUUUUAUUGAUGAAAAAGGUGUAAGUGAUACUGGGCUGCCAAUUUCUGAAAUGGCUCACCUUAGUUGCUCCCAUCCUUCUUUAGCCAGUAGUGAAGAUAUGGUUCGUCCACACAGUUUACCUGAUUCAGUUUCAUUAAUGACAUGUGCCCUACCAGACCCCAGUUCGUCUUCCACUCCAAACAGCCUUCAUAAAUAUCGUGAAGAAUUUGUUUCAUUAGCUAAGCAGGUUCACAGUGGUUUAAAAUCAGUAGUACGCAGUUUGCAAACAGAAAGAGAGAGGUUAAAACAAGUCUUAGAAACUGAAAGUGUUCCCAGCAAUAGCAAUAGUGGUGCUCUUAUUGCUAGUUUAAGGAAUUCACUUAAUCAGGCAAUGCAACAAAAUAAGGAUCUGAAAGCUAAGUUAACAGAAAUUCAUAAUAUAACUGAUGUAAGCAGUAUUGCACCUCCUGUAGGUACACCUGCUGCAGACAAUGAUGAACCUACUCUCAUUCAUCAACCUCUACAGCCUUCCGUAUCUCAUGAAAGUUCAUCUGCCCUCUCAGCAUCCGAAUUCUUUGAUGCGGCUGAAAAUUUCUCAAUGUGCACUACAACUUCUGAGGGAUCCUUAUCCGAAGAAGGUACAAGUUUCAUAAGUGAUGUUUCAGAUGAAGGAACAGAAUAUACACCUAUACCUAGUGUUACUGAAGUGCCUCCUACGCCAACUUGCAAUACAGGAAGGCGUUCAAAGUUGCCAGCUCCCAAGCCAGAUACUGGGGAUUUUAGUCUCUGUAAUCUUCUUUUCAAAAACAUUGGAAAAGAUUUAUGUAAAGUCAGCAUGCCUGUUACAUUAAAUGAACCACUCUGUGUAUUGCAGCGCUUAUGUGAAGAACUAGAGUAUAGCGAGCUGUUAGAUAAAGCUGCAGAGACUGCUGAUAAAUAUGAAAGAAUGGUAUAUAUAGCUGCAUUUGCAGUAUCUGCAUACAGCUCAUCCUAUCACCGGGCUGGCCAUAAACCUUUCAAUCCUGUUUUAGGAGAAACAUUUGAAUGUAUCAGAGAAGAUAAAGGUUUUCAAUUUAUAGCAGAACAGGUCAGCCAUCAUCCGCCUGUUUCUGUUUGUCAUGCUGAAUCAAAAAGUUUUAUAUUUCAACAAGAUAUGCGUAUUAAAACAAAAUUUUGGGGCAAGUCGAUGGAGAUUUUGCCAUUGGGGACAAUACAUGUUUACUUACCAAAAACAAAUGAUCAUUAUCAGUGGAACAAAGUAACAACAUGUGUUCAUAAUUUAUUCAGUGGUCAGCGAUGGGCUGAUCAGUAUGGAGAAAUGUUGAUUACAGAAGAAAAUGGUGAUGCAACAUGCAAGCUUACCUUUGUUAAAGCAAGUUAUUGGUCAAGUAAACGCCAUGAAGUUUUUGGAGCUGUUUUCUCUCGGGAUGGUAAAGUUGUACACAAUCUAUUUGGUAAAUGGACUGAGGCCCUAUAUUGUGGAGUAGCACCAACUGUUAAAUGUAUUUGGAGGCCAGGGACAAUGCCUGAAGAUUAUGAAUUGUAUUAUGGGUUUACACGAUUUGCUAUAGAACUUAAUGAACUGGAUCCUGAACUGGAAAAGUUACUGCCACCUACAGAUACAAGGUUUCGUCCCGAUCAACGGUUAUUAGAAGAAGGUAAUAUUGCUGCAGCUGAAAUUAGUAAGCAACAAAUUGAACAAUCACAGCGAGACAGAAGAAAACGGCGAGAAGAAUUAGGAAUAGAAUAUGUUCCCAUGUGGUUCAAGAAAGUGUAUCUUGAUGAUGGAAAAGAACAGUGGAUGUUUACUAGAAAGUAUUGGGAAACAAGAGCAAAUCCCGGUUUUAGUAAUAUAACAUUUCCUGAAAAACUAUGGUAGCUACAGCAUUGUUCAGAUGUUAUAAAAUCUUAUUUUACAUAAGACAAGUUGAGACUUGCUUGUAAGUAAAAAAGUAAAUAUAUAUCUACAUACCAUAUAUAUCUGUGUGUGCGUGUGUAUAUAUACACACAUCUGUAUCUAUACGUACAUAUUUGUAUCGAUUCAGUUGCUGUUCAUGUUUAUACACACACAUAUAUAUAUAAUACGUGGACAUAUGUUGACUGCACUUGUUAAACCUCUUUUGGUUAUAAUGGAAAACUUAAGGAAUUGCACCUCUGAGUUUCAUAUAUCACCUCUUUUUUGCUGUAAAGUUCCAAGCAUAUCUUGGUGAUUGUGAUUUACACCUAGUAUUUCUGAAUAAUCAAGUUCUGUUUCAGUACUUAAUUAUUUGAACCUUAAAUUUUGUGAUAUAUUGCACAUUUAACUAUGAAAAGUUUUUUUUUUUAAUCUCUGUGCAUUGUUUUCAUUUAUAUAUAGUAUUUAAAAUACUCUAUUUAAUAUUGUUGUUCAGUUUUAUUCUAUUUAAUAUCGUUGUUCAGUAGUUAUGUAAUUAUUUUUAUCCUGUUUUUGCUUUUAGCUAUUUUAAACAUAGAUUUUACUUAAUUUUAUGUAUGAGAAUGCCUAUUAAAAUGUACGGAACUGCAUUAUGUGAUCAAAGUAGAAAAUCUACUUUAUACUUGUGAUGAAUAUCGAAAGUGAAAUAUGUGUAUGUUAUUGUUCAUAUUUAUGUUGCAUAUUUAUAAACCAGCUUCAUUCUCAUCUGAAAUUCAGAUGUUUGCAUGACAAACUAUAUUAGAUGUAAAUAAGAGUUAUUCAUUACAUAAAACAUGCAGAAUAUACUUGUUCCACAUAUAUUCAAAACAUAGUUUAAGUGUUUUAAAAAUGGAUUUUUUACUUCAAAAGUACUGCUAUUUAAAUAAAAUGCUCUCCUUUCUGCAAGAUACAACUGAUAUUAUAAAGGUGACAUAUUUUAAUGGUGAUAAGUAGGAACCUUUAUCCUAGUUAUUUAUGGGCUUGUAUUAGUCAUUUCAAAUAUUCCAUAAAAAUGUUAUGCUUGAGUAUUACUAGAACAAUUUUUUAAAUGCUUUGUUAUUUGGCAAUUUUCAGAAACUGCAAAGGAAAAAUGUUUAAAUUUUGCAGAAAAAUCAAACUUUUUAUUUAAAUCAGAUUUAUUUUGAAAUUUGCAGCUGUAUUCAUGUAUGCCAUUAGUAGUUUUUUAGUAUAACACAAUUCGGUCUAGGUGCUUAGAUUUGAGAUUAGGAUUAAUUUGAUAUCAACUAAUGCAUUUAAAAAUAUUAAAUUGUUGACAUCUAUUAGAUUAUAUCUAUAAAAAUACAUCUAGUUAUGGUUUUUGCUGCAAAUAAUUUUGUUUUUAUAAUACUAUAAUCUAAAUAUAAUUUUAGAGUGU